AUGACGGGUGUUGGCGAGUGUGAGUCGCCUGAGGUUUCGGAGAAGGAGAAUAAAAUUGAGAAUACUGACAGCGUAAGGAAUGAUAACUCGCUAUCCCGAGACUUCGCCUCGAAGAAGCCAGGCAAAAGUAAUGCUCACCUGAAGAUUCUCGUGCCGUCAAUAGCGGCAGGCGCGAUUAUUGGCAAGGGUGGCGAAGCCAUUACGCAAAUACAAAAUAGUACUGGUGCAAAAGUUAAAAUGUCGAAGGCUAAUGACUUCUAUCCAGGCACUAAUGAACGUGUGUGUUUAAUAAUUGGGAGUACCGAUGCCAUACUUCAAGUUUACAGCUAUAUUUCUGAAAAGAUAUUCGAAAAGCCAGAAGCUCUCCCAAGACUCAACAGCGACGGACGUAUCCCUUACGAAAGGCACAAGCAAGUUAAAAUCCUCGUGCCAAAUAGCACUGCCGGAAUGAUAAUAGGAAAGGGUGGUAGUUUCAUCAAGGAAGUCAAAGAUCAGACUGGCGCCUUCAUCCAGGUUUCACAAAAGUCAAAGGAGAUGAGCCUCGCCGAGAGAUGUAUCACCGUUGGUGCUGUAUGCAUCGCUUAG